AUGGCGACAGAAACCAUCGCCCCUGACUGGGAAUUUGACCGUUUUGACGACGGUUCUCAGAAAAUACACACAGAGGUUCAGCUUAAGAACUACUCCAGGUUUCUUGUAGAGUACACGUCUCAGUUGCAGGGCAUUGAGGAGGCAUUGGACGACUCCAUUGGAGAUGUGUGGGACUUUACUCUGGAUCCUAUUGCGUUAAAGCUUCUCCCUUAUGAGCAGUCUUCUAUUUUGGAGUUAAUAAAAACAGACAACAAGAUUUUAAAUAAAGUUAUCACAGUCUAUGCUGCUCUCUGCAGUGAAAUAAAAAAGUUAAAAUAUGAGGCAGAGACCAAGUUUUAUAAUGGGUUACUGUUUUAUGGAGAGGGAGUUUCAGAUGCCAGUGUUGUUGAAGGAGAGUCCCAAAUUCAAAUGGGACGGUUCAUCUCUUUCCUCCAGGAACUUUCAUGUUUUGUGUCAAGAUGUUACGAAGUUGUGGUCAAUGUGGUUCAUCAGCUGGCUGCACUUUACAACAGCAAUAAAGGUGCAACCAAAGUCAUUGAGUCUUCAGGCGUCCAUUUUCAAAUUGUUUAUGAGCAUCUCGGAGAGCUCCUCGUGAUACUUCUCACUCUUGAUGAAAUUAUGGAAAAUCACGGUACAUUAAAAGAUCACUGGAAGAUGUACAAGAGGUUAUUGAAGUCUGUGCAUCACAACCCAGGAAAAUUCUCCAUCCCCGAAGACAAACUGAAGCCUUUUGAGAAGCUGCUGCUCAAACUGGAGGGGCAACUUUUAGAUAGCAUGAUACUACAGGCUUGUGUCGAGCAAAGAUUUGAUGAUCCCGGAGAAGGCGUCACUGUUGCCAAAAACAGUGCCUUUGCCGAAGAGUUUUCCCUCAACAUCCGAAAUAUUUUCACCAGCAUCGAGUCAAAGAUUGGAGAACCUUCGGAAAUAGACCAGAGAGAUAAAUAUGCUGGAGUCUGCAGUCUGUUUGUCCUUCACUUCCACAUCUUUAGAAGUGUUGACAAAAAGCUCUUCAAAUCCUUGCUCGAUGUUUGUAAAAAGGUACCGGCUGUCACGUUGACCGCCAGCAUAAUUUGGUUUCCUGACAAUUUUCUUGUAUCAAAAGUCCCCGCUGCUGCCAAGUUGAUGGAUAAGAAAAGUAUUCAGUCAAUUAAAGCACACAGAGACACAUAUCUGCAGCAAAGAGCACAAACGCUUUCCAAGGAUGUUCAGUCCUACUACGUGUUUGUAACGUCUUGGAUGAUGAAAAUGGAGUCUAUUCUAUCAAAAGAACACAAAAGCGACAAGUUGGUGGAAGAUCUGAACGGCAGAUGCAAUGUGUUUCUACAGGGAAUCUUGUACGCAUACAGCAUCAGCACCAUCAUCAAGACCACAAUGAAUAUGUACAUGUCAAUGCAACGGCCCAUGACGAAAGCCUCGGUCAAAGCUCUGUGUCGACACGUGGAACUUCUGAAGGCCGUGGAGCACACCUUCUACAGGAGAUCCAUUGUCGUUGCGGAUUCUGUUUCCCACAUUAGUCAACAGCUGCAGUCUCAAGCCCUCACUGCCAUCAAUGUAGCAAAGAAAAGAGUCAUCUCAGACAAAAAGUACAGUGAGCAGCGGCUGGAUGUGCUCUCCUCUUUGGUGCUUGCAGAAAACGCACUCAGUGGCCCAAGCACAAAAGAGCGCCGCCUUGUGGUGGCUCUGGCUUUGUGCGUUGGCACCCAGAUGAAAACAUUUAAAGAGGAGGAGCUUCUUCCGUUGCAACUUGUGCUGAAAAAGUUGGACCUGAUCAGUGAGCUGAGUGAAAGGGUGAAACUGCAGUGUGACUGUAGUUUUCUCUACUGGCACAGAGCUGUAUUUCCCAUCUAUUUGGACGACGUGUAUGACAACGCAGUCGAUGCAGCAAGAAUACAUUACAUGUUUAGUGCCCUGAGAGACGGCGUGCCUUCCAUGAUGCACGCCAAACAUGCAGCCUCAUGUGACCAGCUUCUGCAGAGCUACGACCAAGAGAUCAUGCAGGUUUUCAGUGAGCACCUACUGGACAAACUGUGUAAAGAAAUCGAGAAGGAUCUGCGUCUGUCCGUCCACACACACCUGAAGCUGGACGACAGAAACCCGUUCAAAGUCGGCAUGAAAGACCUCGCUCACUUCUUCUCCCUCAAACCCAUUCGAUUUUUCAACAGAUUCAUUAAUAUCAAAGCGUAUGUGACUCAUUACCUGGAUAAGACUUUCUAUAACUUGACGACCGUCGCUCUGCACGACUGGGCCACGUACAGCGAGAUGAGAAAUCUUGCCACUCAAAGAUAUGGACUCACAAUGACGGAGGCUUAUCUCCCCAGUCAGACACUAGAACAGGGUUUGGACGUUUUGGAGAUCAUGAGGAACAUCCAUGUUUUUGUCUCUCGUUACCUUUACAACCUCAACAACCAGAUCUUUAUAGAGAAGGCGAGUAACAACAAGCAUCUGAACACGAUCAACAUACGACACAUUGCUAACUCCAUCCGGACGCACGGCACCGGCAUCAUGAACACCACGGUCAACUUCACCUACCAGUUCCUGCGCAAGAAGUUUUACAUCUUCAGUCAGUUCAUGUACGACGAGCACAUCAAGUCCAGGCUCAUCAAAGACAUCCGCUUCUUCAGGGAAACGAAGGACCAGUCUGAUCAGAAGUAUCCGUUUGAUCGAGCCGAGAAGUUUAACCGUGGCAUAAGGAAGCUUGGUAUUACACCGGACGGCCACAGCUACUUGGACCAGUUCAGGCAGCUCAUCAGUCAGAUUGGAAACGCCAUGGGUUAUGUGCGAAUGAUCCGCUCCGGAGGGCUUCAUUGUUGCAGCAGUGCCAUUAGGUUCGUUCCAGAUCUGGAGGAUAUUGUGAACUUUGAGGAGUUGGUAACGGAAGAAGGAUUGUCCUCUGAAACCCAGAAAGCUGCAAGUGUUUUAGACUCUGUUCUUGGGGAUCUGACCAGUAAUUCUGCCGAGGGGACAGAGUAUUUCAAGAUGCUGGUGGCUGUGUUUGCACCAGAGUUUCGCAGCGCAAAAAACAUGCAUCUGCGGAACUUCUACAUGAUCGUACCUCCUCUGACUGUGAAUUUUGUUGAGCAUUCCAUCAGCUGCAAAGAGAAACUAAACAAGAAAAACAAAACUGGAGCGGCCUUCACAGAUGACGGUUUUGCCAUGGGUGUGGCCUACAUCCUGAAGCUGCUGGACCAGUACCUGGAGUUCGACUCUCUUCACUGGUUUCAGGCCGUCAGGGACAAAUACAAGAAGGAAAUGAGCGCUGUAGUGAAGGAGCAGAGCGUCCAGUCAACCAGUCAGGAUGAAAAACUGCUGCAAACUAUGAACCUGACGCAGAAGAGAUUAGAUGUGUACCUGCAGGAGUUUGAGCUGCUGUACUUUUCCCUGAGCAGUGCCAGGAUAUUCUUCAGAGCAGACAAGACGGCAGCAGAAGAGACACAGGAAAAGAAAGACAAAGAAGAAGCUUCCAAAACAGGUGACAGUUUGAGCAGCUCAGCUGUUUCUGAGACUUCUUCAAAGUGA